GGACUCCCUCCUCUAACUACAUCCACAAUUUCUAUCCAAUCCCCAUAUCCCUCGCGAAGACUUGAACCAUUCAUCCAAAAUUAGAAGUUUGCAGACUGACCCUGCUGGUUUCAAACGGUCAACUUCCAUUGCAAAUUUUGCCUACAAUGCCAGGAACCAUCUUGGUUUCAGUUCUUGAAUUCAUGGACCUUCCAUUUUCAUCAUCAUCUUCUUCAAUAUCGAUAAAGGUAUCUUUGGGGCCAAGAUCAGAGUACCAAAUUUGGGAGAGUAGAGACUUGUCCUUCCCAUUGACGACUCUUCGGGACAACAUGCUUGUUAUUCUUCAAGAUUCUGAAGGGAAUCAGAUAUCAGAAACAGGUAUUGAGACCAGGUCCAUAGUUGAAAAGGGUCUUUGGGAUGACUUCUUCCCCCUCAAAGGCGGUGGGUUUCUGCAUAUGAAAUUGCAGUUUUUACUCAAUGAAGAAGAGCGCAAUCAAAUCCGUGUGAUGCGAGAAUCUGCUGUGAAAAAGAAGCAUGGGGAGUUCAUUCAUAGCAGUCCUAUUAGUGUGCAAAGUACUCCUGGUGACCGGAUCAAUGUUGCAUCAUCUUUGAGUCUUCGCAAUGUGAUAUCAGAUAGGAAUGAAGAGACUUCUUCAUCAGACAUCACUGUGCAGCAAAGUGUUAAUUUGUCUCCAACUGAAUUGAGUCGCAGGGAGUUGGUUGAUAACAUCGCUGCCCAACCAUUUCAUGCUAAGAUUCCUGCCAAAGCCAUUUGUGCUGAUGAACCUGCAAGGUUAUUAAGAGGCUCACAACCAGUUGUUGAUAACCUUCCUAAGCUUCAGGAAGAAAAGCAUUACAAACUCGAAAAGCAGCAGAGCCCGCUGAAGAAAACUCCUAGCGUAAAGAACAUGAUAAGUGCCUUUGAAACUGGUUUAGCGGAGGAUGAGAAGCCUCCCAUCAAACCAGCACCAAUGAAAGUUCAAUCAAACAAAACUAUAACAGGCAAUCUUCCAAAAAACCAGGACUUAAAAGAAGACAAGAAAGUCAGUACAGAAACUUCAGAGUGGAUAUCAAAACGAGCAGUGAAUCCUUUACCUCCAGAACAGUUGCAACAUGACACGACAUGUGGUGAAAGCGGUGAAGAAAAUAUUUCACUUGGAGCUUUAGGUGGGACUAAAUCAUCACAUGACACAGUUAAAAUUUCAGAGAGGGUACUUGAUGAUCAUAGACACCAACCUAGUAAGAUGCUCUAUGGAAAGAGAGAUUCUGGUGGCAGUCCAGUUAUAGAGGAGACUCAUCAGCUAGAAAUCUCUUCCAGAAAUUCUCAAAAGUCCGACAUUCAAGGACUUGCAGCCCAAAUAUGUACUUCAAUAGCAAACUGCGAAGAUAGGCACAAUCCCUUUCAAAGCUCUAGUGGAUGGAUAUUCCCAGAUGAUGCAAUACAAUUUUGUAUAACAACUAGUGGUAAAAAGGUGAUGGAUUUUCUGGGAAGUUGCAGUAUGAUGAAGCCAAGUAUCCAUCAAGAUAGAAAGAGUUUGUCUUCCUCAAAAAAUGCAGAAGACCAGCAGGAUAACGUGGAUAGCGGUAAUAGUAAUGAAGUGAACAGAAAUGAGAAGAAUCACAGACCAAAAGAACUACAUAAGGUUCAGAAAUCAGAAGAAACAGAGACUUCUGGGGUGGCAGUUGGACAGGCAAUAAAAGUUGCAAUUAUGAUUGGAUUUGGAACACUUGUUCUUCUCACUAGACAAAGGAAAAAUAUGUGAAAUUAGCUUGUGGAUACUUGUUGGUUAUCAUCCAAAUUCGGGUCAGAAGAGUUGGAACCACCAUUUGUUGAUGAGUCAUAUUAAUUAUCAAUAUGUUUUUUCUAUUCCUUUUUUGAGUUCCAUUUUGAGAUGAAUGAUUCCUUUAUACCCAAUACGAGCAAUCGUACGUACUUAUCAUUUACUUUUCAAUUCAUUCUUUCAUAAUGUACUAAUCUCAUAAUCCAUAAUCAACCCGAAGUGUAUCAAUCAGUCAUGUGAAGCAGAAAUAAAGGGUUAAUUACCAAAAUC